CCGUAAGAUCGUAAUGGCUUCUUGUUAAGGCGGUGGGUGGUCUUUUUCCUGAUUUUUAAUCUGUGCUAGGUUUUUUAAUUAUAUUUUUAAAUUAGUAUAAACUGCAGUGAUAUUUCUUAAAAUAUUUAUUACUCCUGUUGCUAUAUAGUCAGUACAGGUUCUUUAAACUUCCAUUAAAGAAAAGAUGAACUGUAGAAAUAUGCAAAACAAUAAUUUACCAGUUAAACUAAUGAUUUGUGGAAGCUGAUGAUUUAUUGUUUAAAAGAUGACGUCUUUACUUGUGAACGGAAUGUUAAGACUUUAAAAUAAGAAUUCACAUUAAGCAUUCACGAUGGCUAGAAAAGGAGAUACAAUUAGGAGCAUCAAUGUGGCUGUAGUAGGUUUGUCAGGAGUAGAGAAAGACAAAGGCCACGCUGGAGUCGGAAAGUCUUGUUUCUGCAAUCGUUUCAUGCGACCAUAUGCCGAGGAUUACAAUAUCGAUCAUAUUUCAGUCUUAAGUCAAACUGAUUUUAGUGGACGAGUUGUAAAUAAUGAUCAUUUUUUGUAUUGGGGGGAAGUUAUUAAAACUUCAGAAGAGGGAGUUGAUUAUCAAUUUAGUGUCAUUGAACAAACUGAAUUUAUUGACGAUGCCUCCUUUCAACCAUUCAAAGGAGGAAAAAUGGAGCCGUAUGUCAAACGUUGUGCCGCAACAAAGUUGACUUCUGCAGAAAAACUUAUGUACAUCUGCAAAAAUCAAUUAGGUAUAGAGAAAGAAUAUGAACAGAAGGUAUUGCCUGAUGGAAAGAUAAGUAUCGAUGGAUUUAUUUGUCUCUUUGAUAUAAGUAUUGUGCCAAGUAGAAGUAUUGAAAAACAAGUGGAAUUUGUGUCAGCUAUAUUAAACAACUUAAUUAAAACAAAGAAGCCAAUUGUAUUUAUUACAACAAAAAAUGAUGAUGCAAAUGAUAUUUAUGUGAGAGAGGCUCAUAAGUUAAUUCAGAGAAAUGAAUAUAAAAAUAACAUUCCAAUAGUCGAGUCAUCGGCUCAUGACAGUGUUAAUAUUGACAUAGGUUUUAUGCUGCUUGCCCAGAUGAUAGACAAAACUAAAAUUAGAUCUAAGGUACCGACAUAUACUGAAGCUGCUCUCGCCAGGAAAGAAAUAAUGGACGCAGCUAGUGAUGCAUUUAUGAGACUGAUACGAGUUCACGUGACUGAUUGUCAUGCUAUGUGGUCUCAAACCGUUAAGAAAUUGAAUUCUCAUAAAGAAUGGAUUCAUUUUGUGCAGUUAUUUGGUCUUGAUGGAACUCAGAGGCUAUUCAGAAGACAUAUUAAAAAAUUAAAAGACGAACAACUAGCUAAACAAGUUGCUCAUUACAUGGAAAUGCUGCCGGAUGUAUUACAUGAAUUAGUUCCAGGUUUUAAUACUUUAACAGACAUGGACUGGACAUCCAUCCAACAAUAUUUGAAAUCUCACCCCAACUUUUCUCAGUAUUUCUUUGAACGGCCAGAAGAUUUACCUUGGUCUGAAUGUUUAGAAGAUAAUGAAGAAACUCGAAUUCCAUUUGAUGUAUUAGAUACUAGUGAGGCAGAAACUGUCUUUAAAAAUCACAUAAAUGUACUUCAACAGGAGCAGAAACGAUUAGAAUGGAAAAAGCAGUUUAAACAAUUACUUGAAGAUACAGGUUACGUAACACCAGGAAAACAUUUAUCAGAAGUAAGAGUUCUGUUCAUGGGAAGAGAGUGUUUUGAAGCUCUUUCUGAGCACGACUGUCAACAAAUAUAUGAUGCACAUCAACGAGAACUAAUUGAGAACGCUAAACAUAAUUUUCAAGAAUUAUUACUAGAGCAUGCCGAUUUGUUUUAUCAUUUUAAAAGCAUUGCUCCAACUGGAACAAUUACUCAAGAUGAUAUAAAAGAAAUUACAGAUGUUUUGCAAGAUGACUUUAGAUACAAAAUAUUAGAUAGGCUUGAUCAGGAUCGGAAGCUUACUCUUUUCCAGCAUUUGGGUUUUAUUCACUACCCUAUUAGAGAACAUUGUCCAGCAUUUCCUAAUUGUCAAGAUGCUUUAAUUGAAAGAAUUUUGGCUACAAAAGCGCACAGACCUACAUCAUGGAACCACAGUAACCAGUGGUUAAUGAGUUCUGACAAUAAUCAACUCAAUUUACUUAUAUUAGCUUUAAAUAAUUUGGCAGAAAAUUUAGCCGUUAAAAUUAGAGCACAGUGUGAUGAUGAUGAGUAUGAAAUAGAUUGUCAAUUUUACAGUUUGGAUUAUAGAAUUAUAAGUGGAGAUGUUAGUCUGCCUCAUAAUUCUUUCAGAACUUCAGAUUUUAUACCUCACGGUAGUUUCUGUGUCUAUUCUAAUGCAGAAUCUUUUGAAUACAUUAGGGAAAGUUUAGAAAAAAAAUUGUUGUCAAACUUGGAACAAGACGACAAAUUACCUUUCCAGGGAUUACCAAUUGUAUUAAUGUUUUUACAAGAUUCUACCAUAGAUGAAAAAGAAGUAUUGAGAUUGAGGGAAGAUGGACAAAAUUUGGCCGACAGUUUACAGUGCCCUUUCAUGGACGUUUGUUUAGAUCAAAUUACUGAAGAGCAAUUGGUUUCGGAUGCACUUCAUCAACUGGUACAAAGCAUUCAUCACCGAGCUGGUUUCUUGAACAUAAAUCAAUCGGUUAUCGAGUGUGUUGAGCCUGACAUAAGAAUUAUCAUGUGUAUGUUUUGUGGAGAUCCGUAUUCUGUAGAAAAUGUGUUGGCUCCACUUUUAUCACACCAGUUUUGCUUCCUUUCUUCCGCCCAUAGCAUUAUUUUAGAGACAUUCUUGGGUGAUUCAAAAAGGAAAGUAGAAGUUAUUGUUUCAUCAUUCCACGGAGCAAAUGCAUUUCGAGAUGAACUAGUUCACGGUUUUAUUUUAGUAUAUUCUACUAAACGGAAAGCUUCAUUAGCUACUUUAAAUGCAUUCUCGAUGAACAUUCCAAAUUUGCCAAUUCAAAUAUUAGCUGUAACGGAAAGUGGAGGGGCAAGUGCAUUUUUCAAUGAUGAUUUAAGCCAAAUUUUAAUAACGGAAGGCAAUGCUACUGCUGACAGACUUCGUGCUCAUUUUAUGACUUCGACAUCUUCUAUGCAAAACAAGACAGCAUUUUUUACACCUUUUUUUAAAGAAGUUUGGGAGAAGAAGCCUGAAAUUGAACAAGCAUUCCACAUGGAAGAACCUUCAGGAUUAGAUAGUGGUGAGGGUACGUUGGAAAGGUCCAGGAGUCAAAGACAUAGCCAUCCCAUGCCACCCCCGAGACAUGAGAGUUACUACCUGAAAUUAAAUGAUGGCAGCGAGAGUGAAAAUUUUGAACUAAGCGGACCCGAUGAGAGGCUCAGUUCCAGCGACCACAGUGAUAAAUUUUCAGGAAUAUAUAUGUACGGUAGUGAAGGAAGUGAAAAGAAACGUCAUAUCCAUUCAGGUUUUCACGUUUAUCCUCCACCGGCAACUCCACCAGAACCUGCUCCACCAGAUAAUCUCAAUACAAGACACUCUAAAAAGUCACUUUUGUCAACUUCCCAAACCAGCUUAGAUGAAAUAACGUAUGGAGACCCACCCAUGUCCAUACCUGGUAGUGCUUGGAAUAAUUAUCAACAACACGCUUUUACUACAGGCAGGAGGCAUAUCCCUACUACUAAAUCGAGAUCAAAAGGUGUAUCACAAACAUUGAAACAGCCGGGGAAGUUGAAUAUGAAAAACUAUUCAGCCGUAACAGAAGCUAUUGCAAGAAUGAAUGUUGGAGGUGUUGAUAUUGGUUCUGCCAAUUUUGGUAAUGCUCCUCUUGCCACUCCUGAGGCAGUUGAUUUGGGAUGUGAAUAUGCACAAGUAAAGGAUAUGGUUCAUAACAUGUAUCCCGGACAAGAUGCAGAAUAUAUGUAUACGAUGGUACAUGAUGCUAUCAGUGGUAAAUCGAAGUUGAGACAGAGACGAGAGAAAGGACAACCUUCUUACUCAGACACAGAUAGUGAGUGGAGUAGUUUAGAAAGAAGACAACGUGCAAGUGAGAUUUAUUCAAAGGUUAAUCGGAAGGGUGGCACACAUAAGAGGCAGAGAAAAAAAAGAACUGCUAUCCCUGUACAACCUCCAAGAGUUCCACAGCUUGGGACUUUUACAUCACCUUCUGUGCACACUCCAGUUUUGGAUAUAGAUGGAGAUAAAGCCAAUAUAGCAACUGAAUCAAAUUCUGACUCAUCUGAUGUGAGCGAACCUGAACAAUUCCAUCCUGCAAGCGGUUCUGAUAUCCGUCUUAGAUUUUCACAGAAACGUUCCUUAAGUUUGAAGAAAAGAAUUCCAGACCUUCCAAACUCGCACCACUUUAAUAUACAGUUAAAUUCCUUGGAUCUUUAUCCUGGUCAAGGUCUAAUGCAUGAUGAUGAGUCUAGUUUAGAUGUUUCUUCUCCACGAGAUAAUAAUUCACCCAUGUUUGGCGUUUUGCCAAAAAUGAAAGAAUCUGAUGUGGAAAAAAUUCUCCGAAAGAGGGAAAAACAAAAAGCGAAGGAUGACUCUAAAUUAGAGAAGCGGAGACUAAAGGAGGAAAAACUGAGGAAAGUGGCUGAGGAGCGAGACAAGAAAAAACAGCUGAAAACUAAACAGAAGACCAUACCGCCUAGUGGAAUGCCGUCUAAAUUAGCUGAUUAUAUACAGUCUGACAAAAAUUAUAUUCCAGUGUUUAUGGAAAAAUGUGUGAAGUUUAUAGAAAGUGAAGGAUUAGAUUCUGAAGGCAUCUAUAGAGUUCCUGGUAAUAGAGCACAUGUUGAUUUACUUUUCCAUAAAUUUGAAGAAGACUCAAAUGUUGACAUCCACGAACUAGACAUUCCCGUAAACGCUGUUGCUACUGCUCUUAAAGAUUUUGUUUCUAAAAGAUUACCACCACUAUUCGAUUCUGAAGUAAUGUCAGAAAUGGAGGAUAUAGCUGGAACUAGGCUUAAACCAAUGGCUACUACAACAGGAAAUAUUGAAGUUAAAACUGAUCGAAGCUGUCGCCUUUUGGCAUUAAGAAGUAUGUUAGAUAAAUUACCCCCUAUCAAUUUCCAAGUUUUGAAAUUUAUAUUUCAACAUUUUGUAAAAGUUACUGAAAAUUCCAAACUGAACAGCAUGGAUAGCAAAAAUUUGGCAAUCUGUUGGUGGCCUACAUUGCUACCUAUUGAAUUCAGUGACAUGGGAAGAUUUGAACAAAUGCGACCAUAUCUGGAGGACAUUGUACAAACAAUGAUUGAUCAGUACCCAUUUUUAUUUUGUGGUAAAGAGGCAUUUGUUAUGGUUUAAAUGCUUAACAAUAUGUAAAACACGCACAAUUUGCUACUGCAGCCUCUUAUCAUCGGUAUUUUUCACCAUUUUACUAUAGUUGUAUUUGGAGAGGCCUUUUUUGCAAGUACGAUGUAGCAAAUAGUUUGUUCACUCAUUGUUAUUGACUAUGUGAUGACCCAGCAGUACUUUGUAUUUUUACAUUAUCCUGUAGAUGGAGUAUUUAAAUUUGCUGUGUGACAAUUUUGUAAUUGAAAUGUAUGAACACUGUUCCAUGUAACCUGAAUGGGUUGUUGUGUAAUACAGUAGGAUAGUGGAUGUUGUAUCCUUUUCAAUAUCAACGAGAAUGUAGCAGUUGCUACUUUGUCCAUUAUAAUAACAAUUUUAAUGUUCUAAUUUGUACUAGAAAUAGAUGGAUGAUGGUUUGAAAACAUAAAGUUCCAUAUUACAAAAAAAAUGUAUUUGAGCUUUAAAAUUUUUAAAUGUAACUGGAUGAUAGAGAUUUUUUUAUUUAUUGGUGCUGAUAAACCCCAGGUGCAAUUGUUAUAUAAAAUAUAUAUUGUGACAAUAAAUGUGAUCUGAUUUUUAAAAUAAUAUUAGUAAUACUCAUUUCCAUCGAUAGAAAAACUUGUGAUUUGACUUCACCCCGAAUAUUUACGUAAUAUUUUUAUAUGGUUUUAAUUAUUUAUUAUAUGUUUUAUUUUAAUUUCU